UUCGCUCCCGAAAGAUUCAGCGAAGAAAACAAAGAUAACAUAUUACCCUACACUUAUCUACCAUUCGGUUUUGGGCCCCGAAAGUGUAUCGGCAAUCGGUUUGUUCUUAUGGAAACUAAGAUCCUGAUAGCUCAUCUUUUACAAAAGUUUACUUUGAAGACUACGGAAAAAACCGUGGAACCUAUUGUAUUCUCUAAAAAGGAAUUUAUGUUAAAUCCUGUUAGCGGAUUUUGGAUUAGCUUGGAGAAGAGAGAAACGUAAAAAUUUUGCAUAAGAUAUAUUAUUCUACAAUAUAUAGAAUAUAGCAG